AUGGCACCCAAGAAGAAGGAGGAGCCCAAGCCAGCAGCUCCCCCCAAGCCCCCAGAGCCCGAGCCCCCUAAGGAGCCUGAGUUUGACCCCAAAACGGUGCAGGUGGAAUUUUCAGCCGAACAAAUUGAAGACUUCAAGGAUGCUUUCCAGCUGUUCGAUAGGACUCCCAAAAACGAGAUGAAGAUCACCUAUGCCCAGUGUGGUGACCUUAUCCGAGCUCUGGGCCAGAACCCAACCAAUGCCGAGGUUAUGUAUGUUCUGGGCAAACCAAAGGCAGAGGAGAUGCAAUCAAAGAUGAUGGACUUUGACACCUUCUUGCCCAUGCACCAACACAUUUGCAAGGCCAAGGACCGGGGCACCUUUGAAGACUUUGUGGAGGGCCUGAGGGUCUUUGACAAGGAAGGGAACGGCACAGUGAUGGGUGCUGAGCUUCGACACGUCCUGGCCACACUGGGUGAAAAGAUGAAGGAGGAUGAGGUUGAGCAGCUUAUGGCUGGGCAGGAGGACGCCAACGGUUGCAUUAACUACGAAGCUUUUGUAAAAUACAUUAUGGCAGGAUGA